AUGGUCACCGAAUCUAAAAAGCGAUCUCGAACCGAUCAAGAAACCACGACCGAAAAGCCCGUUAAGAAGCAAGUUUUAGAAGGUGGAUCAGUGUUGGAUUCCAUAUUGCUGCCCAACAAAGCGCAUGCUGCCGACAGUGAAGACUUUCGGAUCGUAACUGGUACCUAUGAACGCAUCUUGUACGGUAUCAAUGCCUACUGGAAAAAGGCUGAAUCGACGACGACGACGACUACGCCGAAACUUCGUCUCGAGCCAAUCUUUAUUGUACCCGCACACACUGGUUGUAUUCGAACAGUAGCAAUUGGUGGCCAGUUCCUGGCAUCCGGUAGUACAGACGAAGUGAUUCGACUCUAUGACGUUAAGAAGCGAAAAGAAUACGGCUCACUUGGCGGACAGCAUCGUGGCGAUGUGACAGAUAUCCAAUUCUAUGGCAAAUACAUGCUUUCAGCAAGUGACGACAAGACGAUCUGCAUAUGGCGGAAAAGCGACUGGGAAUACUUGAAGACGCUCAAGGGCCACAAGGGACGAGUGAAUUCGGUGGCAAUUCAUCCAUCAGGCAAAAUUGCAUUGUCUGUGUCGAGUGACAAGACUGUUAUUGUAUGGAACCUAAUGACAGCACGCAAAGCUAGCAUGAAUAAGCUUUAUCAAGAGGGUUUAUGCGUACUGUGGAACAAAACUGGAGACAAAUACGCGAUCAUGUUUGACCGACAGAUCAAAAUCUACAAUGUUGCUGACGCAGAAGUAACGUCGACCAUCUCGCAUCGCUCACGUUUCUUAUGCAUGCGAUAUUACACGUCAAACAGCGACAACAAAGAAUACAUUAUCAGCGGCCACGAAGACAAGACCAUUCGCAUCUGGGAUGCAUCGACAGGCGAGCUAGCGACUGAGCUUGCUGGCCAUAAGCUGCGUGUCAAGACGAUAACGAUCAUUGAGCCAACACUUCCGAAUAGUAGUGGUGAAGAAAAAGAUAAGGCGGUAACAGUGCUUGUGAGCGUCUCAUCCGAUGGUGUCAUCAAGUGUUGGGAUGUCGAAGCAGGGUUAGCGAAGAAGGAAGAGCAAGAAGUGUUGUUGGGAGAGUACGAUACCAAGAGUCGUGCAACGUGCUGCACUGCACACGUCGGAUUCUCUAAGGCCGUAGUGCAGCAGCAGCAAGAACAGAGGUCAAGCAAAGGCGACAAGAAGAAGAAGAGGGAGGAGGAGGAGGAGGAGGAGGAGGAAAAAGCAAGCGAAGACAGCGAAUGA